UUUCUACAUCAUAGUUAAAUAAUGGUGGAGCAAUUCUUGGGAACCUGGAAACUAAUCCUGAGUGAAAACUUUGAUGACUAUAUGAAAGAACUGGGAAUAAGCUUUGGGCAAAGGCAACUGGGUAAUCUAGCCACACCCAAAAUGAUCAUCACCAUGGACAAAGAUGUCACCACCAUCAGAACAGAAACUAUCUUUAGAGUUAAUGAGAUCUCCUUCAGACUAGACCAAGAGUUUGAGGAAAGAACAAUAGAUAAUAGGCGUGCCAAGAGCAUUGUAACGAAGGAUAAUGACACUCUCAUUCAUGUUCAGAAGUGGAAUGGCAACUACACUACUAUCAAAAGAAAAAUAGUAGAUGGAAAUAUGGUGUUGGAAUAUAUCCUGAAUGAUGUCACUUGCACCAGAGUCUACAAAAGAGUGUAGAACAUUUCAGUCCCAGGUUAUGUUUUCCUGCUUCUUAUUCUUCCAGUAUUGUCAAUUGGAAAGGGGCCAUUUAGACCAUCAAGUCCAAAUCCUCUGCUCAGCGUGGGAAUCCAAUAUACAGCAUCCCUAACUGAUGAUGGAUGUCCAGCCUCUGCUUG